AUGUCAACACCAUCCAGACCUGUGAACAUCACAAGUCCUCGACUUCAAACUCAUGACACUAUUUCAGGCUCUCCCACUCCCGUAGGAACACCAGAUCUUCGGGCCUUACGCGCUCAGUACUCUGGCACACCUCCUCUGCCAAAUAUCCCAGCGAGAUACACGCCAAAUGGUCCGAAUCGUGAAGGCUCGCCUUCUGUGUCUGUGGUUCCUGUCUCAGUCUCCGCAUCGCAUCGACCAUCCUUCGGAGGUGCGAGCGCGCGACGUCCAGGAGCAGUCGGUACCCCAGGGAGUGGCAGUGAUGCAAAUCCUUUAGAUUUGGACGACCUCCCAGACGAGGAGAAGGCUAGGUUUCUGAGGAGACAUCUCGUCUACAGAACUGACAGACACAACAGAAGUGAUGCAAAUUCUGUUGCUGGAUCCGAUCAGGAUGCGCAUGCUUCGGAACAGGCGCCGUCCCAGCGGUCUACAACGCCAGUGGGGCAAUCUGGAAUGCGGAGUGUAGAUGUAGAGGCUUUCCCAAUCCCAUACGAUGCUCCUGGUGCGGAUGUUACGCAUGACAUCUACAAAUGGCAUACAGACCAACGGCGGCAGUCAGCACGGCCUCGAGCCUCUUCUUUUGCUGGGUCAGAGGCGCCACACAAUCCCGCCUUUGACCAUAUUCACGAGCCAGGCGGAUUUCGACGUAAUUAUGUCUUGCUUCGUGCCAACGAAAAUGGUGAAGAGGAGCCUCGCGUACUGAAUAAUUUCAUCGACUUUUUGAUGAUCUUUGGUCACUUCGCUGGAGAAGAUCUUGAGGAAGAUGAAGAAGAGGACAGACUUGCAGACGAAGAAGCUGACGCUCAUGCAGGACCUUCUGGAGCUUCCGCACUAGCGCAGUCAAUUGGAGCUGACGAAAAUCAGCCGUUGCUGAGCUCCAAGCCCAGAUCACGCUCGCGACGCAGAGCAGCGUCGGUGGGACCUCAUGGCGACGCUACCAUGACUCAAGCUAUAUUGAUGCUUCUGAAGUCAUUCAUUGGCACUGGCGUGUUGUUUUUGGGCAAAGCGUUCGCAAAUGGUGGUCUCAUCUUCUCUCUCGUAACAAUAGCAGCUAUUGCACUAAUCUCGCUUUACUCGUUUUUGUUACUUGUGAGAGCGAAGUUCGUCGUUUCCGGCAGUUUUGGAGAUAUUGGUGGCGCUUUGUAUGGUCCCUGGCUACGAUACGCCAUUCUGAGUUCUAUAACUAUUUCCCAAAUUGGCUUUGUCACUGCAUACACUAUCUUCGUGGCUGAGAAUCUUCAGGCAUUCCUAUUAGCCGCCAGCAAAUGCGUGACUCAAAUGUCUGUUCCGGCCCUUAUUCUCGUACAGCUCGUCAUAUUCCUUCCGCUUGCCAUGAUUCGGAAUUUGGCGAAGCUAAGUACAGCAGCUCUUGUUGCAGAUGUGUUCAUUCUAGCCGGUAUUCUCUACAUAUUUGGGAGUGAGUUAUCGAUCAUUAGCAAGGACGGAAUUGCCGAAAUAAAGAUGUUCAACUCGAAGGAUUUCCCACUCUUCAUUGGAACUGCUGUGUUCUCAUUCGAAGGAAUUGGCCUGGUCAUUCCUAUUACCGAUGCAAUGCGCGAACCUCGCAAGUUCCCCAAAGCACUGACGGGUGUCAUGUUAUCGCUUUUAGUGCUUUUUGGAGGGGCUGGUGCUCUGUCUUAUCUAACGUUCGGUUCGAAUGUUCAAGCCGUGGUUCUCGUCAAUCUCGAUCAGGAGAACAGGUUCACUCAAGCUGUUCAAUUCCUCUACUCCCUUGCCAUAUUGCUUUCGAUACCCCUACAGUUCUUCCCUGCUGUCAGAAUCCUUGAAAAUGGCAUCUUUACCCGUAGUGGGAAAGCCGAUCCGUAUGUCAAGUGGAUGAAGAACCUAUUUAGAUGCGGUCUUGUCAUGGUUUGUACUGUUAUCAGCUGGGCGGGAGCUGCGGAUUUGGAUAAGUUCGUCGCUCUGAUUGGAAGUUUUGCUUGCGUUCCAUUGUGCUUUGUAUAUCCUGCUAUGUUGCACUACCGUGCGUGUGCACGAACGCGCAGGGAGAAGAUUGCAGACAUAGUGUUGGGCGUAUUCGGUGUGAUUGCAGCAGUAUACACAACUUACCAGACGCUGAAGUUGAUGGCUGAACCUGCGCCUGGGACCAAGCCCGGCAAGUGUGAAGUAGUGCCUUGAAGGUCUGGGAAAUAUGAGAGUGUUCACGUUUCUGAAGUAGAUAUGUGGUUUGACAACAUGGAGACACUUGUCGCAUACUAAUACUUUACCUCUGCACACACUUUAAUAUAAAACAUAGCAUGUUCGAAGUAUGUUCGUUUACUUUAGGAUCGCAAUCAGAAGUUCAUACGUGUUACA